GCGAAGAGCUCGACAUGUCAUUCAGAGGAAUCCGCCACCUGAAACGCGAGGAAGUGGAAGGCGACUCAAUUGCUUAUAAAGCAUCACACCACAUCUGCCCCGAGCAUUGCAAGCCGAUGAAAACAUCAGCUAGGAGCUCGGCGCUGGACGUUGGCGUUAUUCUAUUUUUCCUGGGAAUGAUCAUAAUUGUCAUUUGUUCACAUACUGAGUCAGUGCAUUUGGGAAGCCCCCUGUCGCUGUUUGACCGUUUAUCUGAAUGACCCAAGAACAAACACUAUACUGGAAUUAACUGAUAAUCACACCGUGUCUUGCGCACCUGUUACCUGCACGGAGCGCCAAAGCAUGAUUCCUCCGGGAGAUUGCAUGUACGCUGGACGCAAGAGGAGGAAACCCGUCCAAAAACAGAAGCCUUCGUCGUCCAACGAGAAGACAAACCCGUCGAAGCGGCACCGCGACCGUCUGAAUGCCGAGCUGGACCGGCUGGCCAGCCUUCUGCCCUUCCCCCCCGACGUCAUCACAAAGCUGGACAAGCUCUCGGUGCUGCGCCUGGCCGUCUCCUACCUCCGCGUCAAGAGCUUCUUCCAAGCGAAUCCAGAGAAACCGCCCAGGAAGAACAGCAUCAGCCCGGCCGCCUCCGUCCCGGAGCCCAGCAAAGGGCCCCUUCCCCUGGGCCCCUCCACCACCGAGAGCGGCCUCCUACUGGAUUCGCUGACAGGCUUUGCGUUGGUCGUCAGCAGUGAUGGGAUGGUGUUCUACGCCUCCUCCACCAUCGUGGACUACCUUGGAUUCCAUCAGACGGACGUGAUGCACCAGAAUGUGUUUGACUACAUCCACAUUGACGACCGCCAGGAGUUCAAACGCCAGCUGCACUGGGCCAUGUGUCCCCCACAACACAAGGGGGCGCACCAGGAGCACCAGCUCCCACCGGGGACUGGUGAGGAGUACGUGGUGAGCAAUCUCUUCCACUCCCCUGACGGAGGCAGUAUCCCCCCGGAGCUCAACUCCUUCCUCAACCGUUGCUUCAUUGCCCGGGUGCGCUGCCUGUUGGACAGCACCUCUGGCUUCCUGACUAUGCAGUUCCAGGGACGACUGAAGUUCCUCGUGGGGCAGAAGAAGAAGUCUGGCUCGGGGGCCCUGCUGCCGCCCCAGCUGGCCCUGUUCUGUGUGGCCGUGCCCCUGCUGAUGCCCUCCAUCACAGAGAUGAAGAUGAAGAGCCUGCUGCUGAGGGGGAAGAGCAGGGGAGGCCCAGGGUUCCUCCCAGGCAUGGAUCCCAGCGAGCGAGGGGAGCCUUUCAGGAGACAUUCAGGGAACGGAGGGAUGGGUGAGGCCUGUGACCCUCUCUUGCUCCCUUGCUCCACGCCGAAUGAUGCCCAGCGGGGCCAGCACACCCCCUGGACCCCCCUCUCCAAGGACAACAUCAAGUACCGGCCGGAGGGCUUCUACAACCAGGACGAGCCCCUCAACUACUGUAAGACCUCAAUGGCUCCCCACAAAGGCCUCAGCCCAGGCCUGGGCGGUGGGUGGCCUCAGCGGCCCAACUCCGGAGCCAUCAGGGCGGGGCAGGGAGGUGGCUACCUCCCCUCUAACAGGAUGAACAAGGCCAACCACUACGGGAAGCCGUACCGCCAGCCCCCCAGCUGCAACGGAGGCCGGGGCGGCGAGGUGUUUGUCUCCCGUCUCUAUGGCAACCUCCAGAGCCCAACCGAGCCGGACACGUACUGCGUGGACCUGGUGAAGAGCGAGGGUGGCUACGGCGAGUGCUACAACGCGCACCUGAUGGCGGAGAUGCCGCCCAUCAAGGUGGAGCACGACUCGGACUCGGAGAACGGCCUGGACCCCUACGGCCGGCCCUGGGCCUGCCGCGACCCGGGCCUCAUGGAGCGCUGCUACGGCAACGCGCUGUACGACCCCAACACCGGCGUCCAGCUCAAAUCCGAGGCGGACUUCUACGACCAGCCGUACUCGCCGUGUCUGCGGGGGAAGGCCGCCAUCAGCCCGCCGUACGUCCACCACGGUCACUACGACAACUACGCCGCCGUCAAUGGCGUCAACGCGCCAGGGCGGCUGCAGAAGUACAACAAAGACCCCGGCCACAUGCACAACAACAACAACCACAACAACCACAACAACAACAACAGCCAGUUCAGCCCCCACCGGGGCCCGCACCCGGACCCCCUUUGUAGCAGCCAGACGCUGAACCUCAUUGACGCCCAGGCCUACCAGGGCGCUCCCAUGGAGCCCCACAAGGCCUUCAUGCAGCAGGACUACGGCAAGCACAACGGCUACGAGUUCAAGGGUCACGGCAUCAUCCACUCCAUCAAGCGGGAGCCAAUGGACUCACCGCCGUGGUCGGAGAAUGGCCAUGACAUGGGCCAGGCCUUGAUGGGUGCCACCCGGAACGGUAUGCCCUGCGCCAUGAACGCAGGCCACCUCAAAACCAACCCGUACGUGUACAUGCAGUGAAGAGCAGCAGGAGGUGUGUGAGGGGAAUGAUGUUGCUGAAGUAUUGUACAUGCAGACGGGAUGUUUGUUCUUUCGUAGAAAAGGAUAGUGAGGAGUUUCAUGUACUUGCAUAACAAAUUCAGCCUUAUAUAUACAAGAAUAAUACGUAUUCCUUUUUUUCUUGAGGAACUUUCACUGUCAAAAUUGUUGAUUGCCUCUCGAAUUGGUCAUUAGAGAGACAACAUUUUGAGACUUGACUUUGCAAAUUUAAUUUGCAAUAUUAAAACAUAGUACAUAAGAGUUUUUAAUUCAACUUGCACAUUAGAUUCGACAAGGGUACACAAAUUUGGUCCGCAGGUAAAAUACUUCUGCAACAUUAUUACCUUCAUAGUGGAAACGAGUACCUUUGCUGUGACACAUGUGGACAUUCUCGUGGUCCUUCCCUGAAAGAAACUAAACACAUGUACAGUAAUGUAAAUCAAUUUAUCAUGGGUUAUCAUGCACAUGCACCAGCAGUACACAAAAACUACCUUUUAAGUCAUGAAGACAUCCAGGCUAUUACACCGAGAGAUAUCAUCUUUCAUUGGAAAAAGGUUUCAGGGACUAGCAUUGUGACAAUCAAAAACAGUGAUGCAUACAUUUUGUUUUGUUUUGUUUUUUGGAUAUGGUGACAAGUCCUGUUGACACCCGUUUGGUUUUUGUGCUUUGUGUUGUUCACACCUGGCUUUUUUGAGGUUUGGGGGAUUUUAGUGUUUAGAGUCAAACGUAAUUGUCGGUUAAUAUGAAGGUAUACAGUUGUCGUGGUAAUAAGCAUAUGUGUAUCACCUUUGUUUGAUAAUCAGGGCCUGUAGCGCGUCUGACCUUGUUUCCAAAGAGGCCAAAGAGCUCUGUAGAAUACAAUGUCCCUGUUUGUUGGUCAUGUGAAACGCCACUGCGUCAUGCCCAUCACAGUAAACUGCAGGUUGCUGACGUCCAACCUUCCGAAAUAGUUUACAAAAUGAAACCCUGUAUGUUCGUCAACAAAGAUUGGAAUACCUUAGUCUUGUUUCUGGUUAUUUUUGCUGUGGAGGGAAGGGGAUCUUCUUAUUACCACAUCAUUAAUGCAAGGCAACAAAUUACCUCUGUGCUUGCCUUCACAAAAUUGUCUUUAAAAGCAAAUAAUGAUUAUCUUAUUCUAACUUACUAGUUUCUAAUUCAGAAUGAUUACAUCGAAACCAUACCCAUAAUUAUGCAAGCAAUGUCAGGCAAAAAAGAAAUCAAAAUGGUUAAACUUUGCACAAAUAUACUGAAUGCAUGCAUGCAUAAAAAUCAACUCCGUUCUGUGAAGCUACUAUUGUAGUUUUAGUUGCACUAUCGCGAGAGUUUCAAUAAAAAGUCCAGCCUUCGCAGACAGGUUGCUUAUUAUCUUUGAAAUGUGUUGCUUUUCAAUUAAUGUCAAAAUGAUUAAUAUUUAUUGUCGGAGGCAGAAGUUCGUAUUUAAAAAAAAAAAAGGUUUUGAAGGCUUUGCUUGCUUUUUGAUAAAUGCUGAUAACGAGAGAUGGUAAAUACAGUGUACAUAUUGCAGUGUUUCUACGUGUUUUUGCAUCUAUUAAAAAUACUUCUUUAUAUAUGCA